GACCCUAACCUAAUGUAAAAGUGACUACGUUGCUGGAAUAUAAAAUGAAGAGCAAUAUACUGAUGCUACUUACAGUUUGCCUUUCUUAUAAAAAUUAGGAAAUUAAGAUUAUGGUGUUCGCUUCACAUUCCAAUUAUCUUGUCAAUCCAGUUACAGCUUGGAAUCUAGCUUCAUUUCCUAGAACCUUAAGUAACUUGAAAUUAUUGUUUAUAACUGCAAGUUAAGACCUAUAAAAAAAUUGCAGUGAUAUUGCUGUAGUGCGUAUAUCUUGAACGAAAACAUGUCAAUUCUUAGAAAAAUCUUUUCAAAGCGUACAGAAGACAUUACAUUUACAGCGUACAUUGCGUUUGCAACAGGAUUCCAGAGCAAAGUGCUUUUGCGCCUGCAAAACAUCGAAGAAGCACAGGCUCAAAUCUUUCAAAUGCUGCGCUCCCUGACCUCUGCCAGCAAAGCGGCAGAAGAAGAAGACCUGGAAGAAAUACUAUCAGGCCCAGCAGACACAGUCGAAGAGCUGGAACAACUGUGCAACCGCCUGACUGAUCACUCUUUUAAGAAACAAAUGACUUGCUAUUUGACUUCCUUGGGCGGCCGCAACAUAGGUGAUACUAUUACAAGAAUGCUAAGAACAGUUGGGACCAAUGCGUUGUGGUCCAACUACAGCAUGAAGGGCAAGAAAGGCAAAGGAUGUUUUAUAGAGCUAUCAGUCGCCAUACUCAUAACACGAGCAUGCAUGAAGAAGCAUGCAAAGGCAAAGGCGUCAGAGAUACAGGAGGAAAUUGGAGACUGCCUUAAGUAUGGUCCAAAACACAAAGCAGGAGCAAAAUACAAGCUGGAAGACAUCAAGGAAAAGGUCAUUCCACAGAAAAGUGAUAUAGCUGAGACGGAACAACAGAUAGGCUACGUGCUAUGA